UGUGUGUGUGUGUGUGUGUGUGUGUGUGCGUGUUGUCAGCACCAGCCGUUACUACAAGAGGAGCACAUUCAACCUUGAGUUGCAAAUCUCAUCUGUGGCUGGAUGGACAAGCCAAUGAAAUCAAGUGGGAAGUUCUUCAUCGUCAUUAUUCUUUUCAUCUUCAUCUUCUGCAUCAUUGUUAAGACUCCCAAGACAUACAGGUCAAUCCCAAACCCGCGUGGGCCUCCAAAAGCUUGCCCCUAUUACAUCUCUGAGCAGACCAUCACCCCCCUCAACAACACCAAGCACUUCCAGGUGUCGGCCUACAUGGACCAGAGAGUGAAGGGUUUGGAUAUACGCAUCAUUGGCAUAUUUAGGAGAGACUCCAUCCAACCCCUGCACUGUCUUUUCUGCUGUGCAGACUACGUAUCAAGUACAACCACUCCAGCGACCAUUUUACAACACCCAGACAACUUUGGUUUUCCCUUCGUCACGACAGAUGUCAUGUGUCGGAUCCCUCAAAACUGCAACGCUACACAUGUCACCCUUCAGACUCAGCCAGGGAGCGUGACUCAAUCUGACCAGAUUUGGCUCCCCAUAAAAAACAAAAAGACCAACAGGAAGGAGGAGGAGAAGUUUCAGUUUAACUUCACAGUCUGCAUCUCCAACCUGUUUGGAGACUACAACAAUGUGCUUCAGUUUGCACAGACUCUGGAGAUGUACAGGUUGCUGGGUGUGGACAGAGUGGUGAUCUAUAACACCAGCUGUGGCCCAGACCUCGACCGCCUGUUGCAGAGCUACAGCCAGGAGGGCUUCGUGGAGAUGGUUCCCUGGCCCAUCGACAAGCAUAUGAAUCCGUCUCGUGGCUGGCUCUUCUCAGAGCACGGCGGGGACGUGCACUACUUUGGCCAGCUGACCACGCUUAAUGAGUGUAUUUACAGAUCCAUGACCCGGUCACGCUACGUCCUGUUGAACGACAUUGAUGAGAUUAUAAUGCCAUACCAACACAACAACCUGAUGUCUCUGAUGAACGUGCUCCAACAGCAGAAACCAAAUGCGGCGGUGUUCCUCAUUGAGAACCAUAUCUUCCCCAAGAUCCACUUUGAGCCAAGUGGGAAGUUUCACCUGCCUCAGUGGAACGGGGUUCCAGGAAUUAAUAUUCUGGAGCACAUAUACAGGGAGGAGCCAAACAGAAAUAUAUAUCACCCCUACAAGAUGAUAGUUCAGCCAAGGUUGGUGGAGCAAACCUCCGUACAUGAGUUACUCAAGAAUUUUGGUCAACGUUACAAGGUUCCACCAGAUGUUUGUCGGAUCAUUCACGUCCGCGUGCCUCUGCAGGGGAGGUUAACACGGGAGCAGCUCCAUGUGGACAAACGGCUGUGGGAUUUCCACGAAAAACUCAUUCCCAGCGUGGACAAGGCGCUGAAGAGAGUGGGACUGCUGGGGAAGAGCUGACGGACGGGACUGGUGAGACAGUCAGAUGGAGGCAAGGUGCUGAGAAAUUGACAUAAAGGUUAAGGUAGUUAACGCAAAGCACAGCUGAAGAUGGUAGUUUUUAAUGUAUUUUGUCACAUUGAAAUCAGUGACCUAUACAGAAGUUAAGGGAUUGGAAUUCCUACGCUGCUAGCAUUACAUACAAAAAAUUAUUUUGUGCAUUGUACUGUCUCAGACUGCUGGUCACUGUUAUAAAAAACGAAUAAAAAAGCUUUUGAUUAAUUAGGUCAGUAAUGAUAAUUGUAGCCUGCAUGGGUGGUAUCCCUCAUCAUCAGAAUUAAAGUUAAUGUUAAAUUCUGUGUAAUUUAUAUAUUAGUAAAUCUUUUCAAAAUGUAUUUGGAAAAAGCUGUGUCCUUAAUGAAUGAAUGAAAUGUGAUUUAGAGAUUUUGUGAGGCCAGUGAGAGUCAUGAAAACCUUGUGAUUUCUUAUCAGACUGUUAGCAGGGUAGCUGUUGACAAAUCAAGCAGUGGUGUUAGUAGUUAUUUGUUCAUGUGAGCAUCUGGUCAGGCAGCUACUGUGUGUGGUUUUUCUGUUUACAGCCAAAUGUGAGAGAAAUGACUCUUCUAAAAACAGUAUUUUUGUUAUUUUGUUUGCUUUAUUGUGAACAUUGUGUAUAUCAUGUGAAAUUAUGUGAAAACUUUUUUUUUUUUACCAAAUGAUUCAUCAAUUACUUUUUAUUG